GUGAAGGGCAUUUGUAAAUUCGUUAUUGGCCUGUCAUAAUUACAACAGAAACAACCUUCUCCAUCCAUGUGUUUAUUCUUCUGCUUUGGCUUCCUUCUGCCCCGGUGCUUCGCCUGUUCGCCUCUUCUCCGCAUCACCUCUUCGCACUGUCUUCUCAUUCUGUCCCACCUUAUGCACUUGCCGGCUGUUCUAGUUUUGUCUUCUCCAUUCGAUUUUUGGACAAUUUGCAGUGGGCACGCAAUGUGAACGAAUGCGAAAUUCAAACGCCGAGCUUUCAAUUUACAUAAAUCAAAUCAAAUCGAAUCGAAUCGAAACGAAUCGAAUUCGAAUCGAAAAGAGUGAAUUAAAUUUUUCGCUUUAGCAAGAUGAAUCAUUUACGAGUGCACAAGUUUAAAUUUGGCGGCAAGGAUAAUGCGGCUGUUGCCGAUGUUGCCACAAAUGCCGCCGACAACAACAAUAGUAUUAGCAACAACAACAACAACAACAGCAAUAAUAAUAAUAAUAAUAACAGCGGCAAAGGAUUUCUAACUCGGAUCAAACGCUACUCGGUGCUGGGCAACAAACUGAGUCGUCGUCAUUUGGGCAGCAUGACUCUGCCAGGUGCAGGAGGAGGCGGAGUAGGAGGAGGAGGAACGGUCAAGGAUCGUUCCGGUUCACCGAGCAAACUGGCCACUGGCAGCUACAACAUGACCGGCAGCAAUUCAGAGGAUCAUCGCUUGGAGAUUGGAGCACCAAUUUUGAUAUCGACCACCACAUUGGAUACGGAUCGAUUUGGAGUGACGGAGGCGCGUCUCAGGCAGAUUGGAGGUGGCAUUGCCAAGACAUCCUCGAUCGUAAGGACUCUAACACCGCGCAGCUCCGACGAGGAGGAGUUUGUGGAUGCCUGUGGCACGCCGCAGAUUGAGCAACAGACCGAUGUCGAGACGGAGACGGAACAGUUUGCAACGCCAACACAUCAGCCGGAUUUUCAGCCGGAAUUGCAGCCGGAGUUGCAGCCGGAGUUGACGCCAAAGUUGCCAGUGUUGCCGUCUGUGGAGCCGCCAAUGCGACGACCACGCAUUGCCCGACAGCAACAAUCACAAUCCGUGCAGAAUCUACAUCGAUCCGAGCUGAAGGUCUAUCUGCACAAGUCGCCAUCGAUGACGCUGGACUUGAAUAUGACGGCACCGCCACAGCUUGGCCUCAAUCUGCCCGAGUUGCCGGAGCUGUAUGGCGCCAGUGAGCUGAGCUUAGCCGCCACGGAGAAUAAGGAGAACAUGGUCAUGGUCAGGAAUGAAACAACACCACCAAGGGCUAUACGACCAUGUCAACCGAUCUCGGAGCCGAGCACACCCAUCGUCUGUGGAUUUCUGGCACAACAGCAGCACUUCAAGAGCAUCGACUCCUUUCAAUUGGUGCCAUCCAAGCAGAGCUCCAAGCUAAGCCUCGCCAGCUGUCGCAGCAGCCGGAGCCGAAGUCACAGUCGAAGUCGCAGUCGCAGUCACAGUCACAGCCAGACGAGCGUCAAUGAGGAUGAGUUUGACUACGAUCUCAAGUCCGUUAGCUAUCAGAGUCUAAAUGCCCAAAAUCUAUUUGUAUCCAUUGAUGAGCUGCAGGAAAUAACCCGUCAGAUCAAUGAGACGGAAGAUUUCAGUCGUGAAAUUGACUUGGAGUACUGCACCCAUCGAGAUCAACUGCGUCCAAGUGAGCGUCGCAUUACCCUCUUGAAGAACAAGAAUCAACGAUUGAUCAACUUCAAUCACAACAAGGAGAAACUGCGCAAGGGAUGGCAUGGAAUGAAGAAUUGGCUGGGCGAGGAGAGUAACAAACUCAAGGAGGUGGUCCGACAACAGACGCCCCUCAAACGUGUCGCCCAAUCCAAAACGAAUCUCAAUCAAUCCGCCUCCAGUCGUCAGUCCAUGUCACCAGAUCGAAGUCGUGAUUGUGAUCGCGAUCGCGAUCGUGACAUGACUGUCAGCUGUGAGGAUGUCACCGACCGCACCGAGUAUGAGCCAUCUCUGUCCCAGCAUCCCAGCGAGGAGGAUCUAUCACCGCACGCCAAACGCUUCAAGGAUGAGGGACAAAAUGGCUUCGAGGAAUUACGACGCUACGUCAAACAGGGCGGAGACUUCAGCAAGGAGCUCAUAUUUGUCCUGCAGGAACGCGCUGACUCGGAGCUGAUCUACUCCAAGUCGCUCUCGAAGUUGGCCAAUAAACUGAACAAAGCCGGACGGGAGAUACCCGGUAGUGUGGCCGAUGCCUGGCGUGGUGUUGCUACUGAGAUGGAAAGUCGCAGUGACAUUCAUCGCCAAAUGGCGGCCUCGCUAACCGAUGAGUUGGUCAAGCCGCUCAAGACGGUCGUCGACAAUCAUCACAAGGCGCGCAAAGCGGUCGAAAGCAAUGUGGACAAGGCGGCACGUGUGCUGAGCGAAUGGCGGGUGAGCGAGGCGAAGGCCAAGAAGGCAUCUCAUACAGCGGCGAGGGAGAAUGAGAAGUUGCAGGAUGCGAUGCUGGACGUGCGCAUACAGAAGUCACCAUCGAUAGCAUUGCUGCAUCAAGGUCCCAAUAAGCUGGCUGCCGAGAAGGAACUCAAAUCCGCAGAGAAGGACUGCGUCAAGUUGGACAACAAACGCAAAAAGGCCGAGGAGGCUGUCAAGCGAGCGGAUGUCGAGUACUACACGCUCUGUGUGCGUGCCGAAAGGGCCCGGGUCGACUGGGAGAUGGCCGUACUUCGAGGAUCAUCGCAGUUGCAGAGCAGCGAACAGCAGCGUUUGGGCAACAUGCAUAAUUUUGUGCAACAAUAUGCCCGCCUUAUCUCCGACAUGAAUCCCAUACUGGGCAGCCUGACCAGCUGUCUGCAACCGCAGCUGGAUGCCUGCAAUGUGGCCAAGGAUUUGCAGGUUGUCCGCAACAUUCGCCGCAACUCGGAGGGUCCCAGUGAACAGCUCUUGCCCGACUUCUACUGUGAGCACACCACGCUGGCCAUGAACCGUGAGCGUCGCAAGCAUUCGCUGAUCAAGUUGCUCCAACUGGUCAAGACGGAUCUGGAACGGGAGCGUCGUUCCAGAGAUGGACUACGUGGACUAUCGCAGUCGCUCAACAACCAGGAGCAUCAGAACAUUACCGAUAAGCUAUACCAUAUUCGCUCCAUGCUGACUUAUUUGGAGGGGGCGCGUCUCAAGCUGCACUCGGCCUUGCUCGAACUGGAUCACAAGCCGCGUACGACACAUCCGCUGGCGCAGCACAUACAGAUCACACGCGAUCGCACUGGACUGCAGCAGAGCAUCCUCAAGGUACCCAACUGGCUGAAGAACAAUGAUAAGAUGCCACACUCGACGACGUUGCUCUCACAGGAUGCCAGCGAUGCGGCGGCCGAUGAGGACGAUUAUUCGCAGAUGCAAAGUCAGAGCAAUAGCUCCUGUGCCAAUAUUAGCGUUGUGGCCGCUCCCACAUCGGGGCUGCUCAAGCAUUUCAAUCGGAGCAAGAGCAAUAUUGAAACAUUUACCAGUCAACCAAAGAUAAUCUCGACAACAAAUGCAUCGCUGGCGACGACAACGACGACGACAACAACAAUGACAACGUCGGCCAAGUCAAAGACGCUGUCCGGGGGACAGACGACAGGGGAUCGUGGCCAGGCGGACGGUGGCUCCAAUCAGCAGGACUCGGACUUUGACGAGUUCAGCUCCCAGGAUGAGGAUGAGGCUGAGCCGCAACCGACACAGCAGAAUUUCUAUCAAAAUGCGCAGGAAAUUCAGAGUUCAUCGAUGAGCUCACAAGGCAGCUCCAAGAAUGGUGGACACUGUCAGAUCCUUGGACGCUGCAAGGCCCUCUAUAGCUAUACACCAAAACUUUAUGACGAACUCGAACUAAAUCCCGGCGAUGUCAUCGAAGUUCAUGCCAAACAGGAUGAUGGAUGGUGGCUCGGCGCCUUGCGCAAUCAAAUUGGCAUCUUUCCUGCCACUUAUGUCGAGGAGUGUGCCUAGCAUAUUGGUUUAUAGCAUAUACAUAUACAUAUAUAAGUCACAUAAUUAAGGUCUGUUUGUCUCUGUGUAUGAAUGUGUGUGUGCGUGUGUAUUGAAUGGAUUCAUUAAUUGUACUUUAAUUAACAAAAUUUUUUUUACCUUUUCAUAAAUGCCUACAACGAGCUUUAAACAACUCUGCAUUAAUACUACCAUAUAUAUAUAUAUACUUUUACUAAACAGAAAUUGAAAAACAUUAUUAUAUAUUAUAUUUAAAGAAUUUUUUUUUUAUUAUUAUUUAUAGCGCCCAGUUGAGUCAUUAUUCUUGACUAUGAAUAAUUGUCAUUAUAAAUAAAAAUAAUUUUUGUUUAUUUCAUU